CGGAUUCAGAGUGCGUAAUGUUGGCUUCCUACACCAGUCAUUGAGAAGUGCAGUUUACUAGUGGGACAGCUAACACCACGUAUGGUAGUACUGUCGCAGUAGCGAAACAUUGACAGCAGCACGAUUUGGUCAAAGUGACAAACAUUUGAAGACAUUCAGUAAACAUGUCAGAGAAACAGGGGAAUCGUGGAGGCCGUAACCGGGCCCGUGGUUUUGCAGCGGCUGGCCAUGGCGGUGGAAACCCUCGUGCCAAUAAUCAUGGCGGAGGGGGCGGUCGUGGUGGUCAGAAUAGUGAUGGUGGACAGCAACGACAGCCACCGCCGCCAUCGCAGGCAUGGCCAUCCUUGGGACAAUCGGCGCCACCGACUCAAUCACAGAGCCGUAAGCAGCAGCAGCCUUCUGGAUCUUCACAACAACGUCCGCAACCAGCGCAGCAACACUAUCCAGCCCUAGUGCAACAACAACACCCGGUACAACCGCAACAACCACGCCCGGCGCAACCGCAGCAGCAACGCCCGACACAACCGCAGCAAAAAACUCCUGCUGAAUCACAAGCAGCGGAUGUUUCCGUGACUCCAGCACAUCGUCCACAAAGAGGAUCUACUGGUGAACCAGCUGCUGGUGGUCGGGGAGCGAUGCGUGGCAGGCGCUUUAUUCCGGACGUUCUCCGCACGCGACCCAUUGAUUGUCAAGUGACGAAACAGGGUAAAUCAGGCAAACCGACUUUGCUUACUACGAACUAUUUCCGCGUUACACGAAAGGAAAAUGAGUCGAUUUUCCAGUAUCGAGUUGAUUUCAAUCCCCCGGUAGAAACGGACAGGACAAUGAAAUCGCUGAUUUACAAUCUGAAGCCAGUACUCGGGGGAUAUCUCUUCGACGGUACCCAACUGUUCACUAGACACAAACUACGCAGUGAAGAAGUGGAGUAUCCCACCAAGGAUAAUACUACCAAUCAAGAGUACAUAAUAAAACUUCGAAAAGUUGGUACUGUUGACGGUACCAACGAGAUGGCUUUCGUGAUUUUCAAUUUGAUCAAUAGGAAAGCGAUGAGCGGGUUGAAGCUUCAGUUAAUUGGUCGAAAUUUCUACGAUCCUGAAGCAAAGAUAACUAUUAAUCAAUACGGAAUAGAGCUCUACCCUGGCUACAUUACAAGUAUUCGGCAGCAUGAGCAAGAUGUUCUUAUGUGUGCCGAAUUAGCCCAUAGAGUUAUGAGAGUAGAUACCUGUUAUGCACUAUUCAGGCAGUGCCAGAAUCAGGGAGGAAGCAACUAUAAGGACAACUAUAAAAGACUGGUUCUUGGAUCAGUGGUGAUGGCAAAUUAUGGAAAAGGCAACACUUAUACGAUCAACGAUGUGGAAUUCAACACGUCACCGGAGAGUUCUUUUGCGACAUCGAACGGGAAUAUAACUUUUCUACAAUAUUUCAAAGAACGCUAUAAUAUCGUUAUCCGUGAUCCUAGACAGCCCAUGCUGGUAUCUCGCUCGAAACCAAGAGACAUCCGAGCUGGUAGGCCCGAAUAUAUUUACUUGGUUCCAGAGUUGGUUCGUGUAACGGGCAUCACCGACGAUAUGCGGAAGAAUUUCAAUUUGAUGCGAACACUCGCCGAUCAUACUAGAUUGACUCCGGAUAAGCGGAUUGAAAGGCUAGAAGUGUUUAAUCGACGUUUGCAGCAAUCAAGUGAGAGUGCCGAAGUUUUCAAGUUUUGGAAAACAGAGUUAGAUCGUCGACUAGUAGAAGUAACCGGACGCAUCCUUUCGCAAGAAGCUAUACUGUUUAGUGAUAUAAACAAUGGCAUUCCGGCCGGUGAAACAGCAGAUUGGCAGAUGGUGUUCCGCAACACCGAAAUGCAUGUUACCGUCCCGCUCACAAAUUGGUACGUAAUUGUACCCAGCGGAUCGGAGAAAUUGAUGGCUGAUUUCUUAGGUAGCCUAAGAGAGUCUGCAAAGGGUAUGCGGUUUCAGGUACAGGAUCCUCAAAGGAUAUCUAUUGCGAAUGAUUCCCCUGCAGUGUACGUUGAAAACCUCGGUCAAGUUAUCCAAAAGGAUCCUCAGCUGAUUAUGUGUCUGGUCAGCAAUGAUAAGGCUGAUCGUUAUGCAGCCAUCAAGAAGAAAUGCUGCGUAGACCGGGCAGUGCCGACGCAGGUCAUUAAAACCAGGACAAUUACUCCGAAGGGUGGCAAUUUACGAACAUUGCUGUCCGUAGCGACUAAAGUUCUAAUACAAAUCAACUGUAAACUUGGAGGUAUACCGUGGAUUUUAAAAAAUCCAUUAACAUCGGUAAUGAUUAUAGGAUUUGACGUGUGUCAUGACACAAGGGAUAAAAGCAAAUCGUUCGGGGCAUUGGUUGCUUCAAUGUAUGGCGGUACAACAAAACACCCCAGAUUUUUCUCAACAGUGAACCACCAUUCUAGUGGUGAAGAGCUGUCAAAUUUUAUGGCACAAAACGUCAUGAAAGCCUUACAUUCAUAUAGAGGUGAAUUUGGUUCGUUGCCUCAACGAAUUAUUAUCUAUCGAGAUGGAGUUGGCGAAGGACAAAUGAAUUAUGUCUUCGAGCAUGAGGUUGGUGCAGUAAAAGAAAACUUGAAUCGUGCCUACAAGGAUAAUCCGACAAACCCGCGUUUCACAUUCUUCGUUGUUAACAAAAGAAUUAACACUCGUCUGUUCAACCAGAAACGUAACCCAGUGCCGGGUACAAUUGUAGAUGAUGUGAUAACGUUGCCGGAGCGCAAUGAUUUCUAUUUGAUUUCACAAAGCGUUCGUCAGGGUACCGUAUCGCCGACAUCGUACAACAUCCUGUUCGAUAAUUCUGGCCUGAGUGCCGAUAAUCUACAGGUUUUAACCUACAAGCAGACCCAUUUGUACUACAAUUGGUCCGGUACGGUGGGUGUUCCGGCGGUUUGUCAGUACGCUCAUAAAUUGGCAUUCCUCACUGGACAGUACUUGCAUCAGGCACCAAAUCACUUGCUGGAGAAAAAGUUGUAUUAUUUGUAACUGGUUUAUAUUUUUUCAACCUUCAAAUUUUGUUUUAUGAAAACUAUAAGUGAAGAAUAUAUAUAUAUGUACUUGAGAUAAGUACGCAAAAUUA